CAGCAUUCCUCGCCAGACAGAGGAUUGUGGGAUACCUUUGUAAGAAGCGGGAAAGAGGAAACCCGAUUUGAACAGCGUAGUUCGAAAUGUAGUCAGUUAGCAUACUAGCUAUAAACUCAAGUAUAAUUUUUACUUCUCUGUAUUGGGGAACACGCUCGAACAUUUGCCUAGCCGGCUGUUUCUCACCAUAGAGCUAGCUGGCUUCCUAAAAUGAAAUCUAGAGAAACUGCGGAUGGUGGACCUAACAAGGCAUCGUGUAAAAGAAGCGGCGUGGUGAAGGACUCCCGCUCUUCAGAAGGGCGGCCUCUGCUUGGGAAGUGUUUCUACCUGCACCUAGUAUCCAAUAAGAAAGCUGAAUCGUUGGAGAAGGACAUCACACUGUUAGGAGGGACCGUUGAAAAGUUCUUCAGCAAGGACAUUAAGUACCUCGUAUCAGACAAGAGGGAUGCCAGGUUUGUCCGGGGCCUGGGAAGGAACUCACCGGUGGCCAGCCCAGACUCGGGUCACAGUUCCCCCCUCCCCAGACAGCGGAGUCCAAAAGGCAGUUCUCAGGGUGUCACGGAUGCUGUAAUUGCAAGUAGAGGAAAGUCUUUGGUUGAGAGAGUAAUAAAGGAACAGGAGAGGGUACAGAUCAACAGAAUUUUAUCUAAUGCCUUGGAGUGGGGAGUCAAAGUCCUGUAUAUUGAAGAUAUAAUCUCUUAUGUUGAAAAAAAGAAGAAAAAUCUCACUUUAAAGAGUAAAGCUGUGUCUGCUUUAAAGAAUGAGACUAAAACCGGCUUGACCCAAAGAGGUUCUUUUCAGAAACAUGAUGCUGGGAGGAUCAACAGGCCUUUUGUAAAAGUGGAGGACCGGACCAGGCAGUAUAAGCCGAACUACCGCUCCAUGACAAACCUGCCUGAGUUAAAUUUCACGACUGCACCCCCCUGCACGCCAUUUUACGUGGAUGAUCAUGGCAAAGACGGUCACGGAAAGAAAAUUAAGGAACGCAGGCUUAAAAACCAGAAAUCUGCAGGAAGUCAGGAUGGCGACAAUGUUAGACCUCACAAGGUGAAGGAGAAGAAGCUUGGUGGAUACUGUGAGUGCUGCCGGGUGAAAUACGAAGCUCUGAGGACGCACCUCAGCACAGAGCACCAUAAAGCCUUUUCCAAGACUGACGCCUACGAUGUUGUGGACCAACUCAUCUCAGGGAUGGAGUUUGAUGUUACUGAGAUCAAACAAAUGAAAAGGGGAGGGUGCAGUGUUUCCUCUGCUGUCCAAGUUUCUAUGCCAAAACUGGCCCUGCAGGAUAGGAGAGAAGUGUGUGCGCCAAGGCUCCAGGACACCGGAGGAGGCCAUGCUUCUAAGGGAGCCUCCUGUUGGGCCUCCGCCUGGGAGCCCUCAGCCUCCUGUAGGCCGAGGAAGCGCAGCAAUGAGGCUCUCGCUGGCGGCUGCGGCCCCGAAGUGGCGCAUUCCCGUAGACGUGAAAGAACACGUGUGCUCGGGCCUGCAGUCGCAGCGCAACAGGGCAACUGCCCGUGUCACUUGGCACAAAGUAGCACCUCUGAUCGAACUCUCGCGUCAGCCUCUGGACAGCAGCUUGACAACAGCGUGGCAGUAAUAGGACAUAACAGGGAGGAGACGGCAGACAGGAAAGCCAACAGAAACGGUUCUGUUUCACUGGACACUGUGGGCGCUUUUCAUCUUUCCCAUGUGGUCAGUAUCAGUACGACGAGCACUGACCACACGGAUGCGGCAAGGACUUUGCAGAACAGGGUCCAGAUGGCAAGAGCGACGCGCGAGGCAGUGACUCUGUGCGCCACGAGCAGCGAUCUCAGUGAAUCGCAGUGGCCCCCCGACGAGAAACUGCAAAGGAAGAUCUGCAGUGUCAGAAGGCGCCGGAAAACUGUCCGAGCUUCAGAGGGACCUCUUAAAAAUGCGGAGUCCUUAACUGGUGUGCUGUGGCAACUCUUUCAGUCCAGCGAAGACAUGGAAUGGGAUUUCAAGGGGUUUGAAAUCCAGUGACUGCACUUUGGAGGUUCUGAUAGUGGCCUUACCUCUUGACUUCUUUACAUGUAUAAAAAAUGAAAUAAUUUGAAUGCCGGUACAGACAUUGCAGGAAGCUGCUCCCCUGCUGUGUUUAUGACAGGGCUUCACUUCUUGUUCUGUUUGCUCAACUGAAUGUCUGUCAAUCAAAUCAUACUGGCAGGAAUGACUGCUCCUGUAUUCCUGUACAGAGAAUAACUCAUGCCAGUGUUUCUCAAUCCUGCCUUCUGGGACCCACAGACAGUCUGUCUUUUUGCUCCCUGCCCGACGUGGACUGUCUGCAGCUCCCUGAGGAUUGGAUUGGGAAACACUGAUUUAUGGUGCUGGUAUCAGGCAUGGAGCACGGACAGGUGCCUUUUCAAAACAGUGUGAUCUCCAUGUAACUGAAAUUACUAUAUGAGAUUGUUUGAAUGUUGUGCUCUUGAAUUAUGGCAGAUGCUUGGAAAAAAUAUUUUAAUGAAUAUAUAAAAGAAGAAAAAAUAGAGGUGUGGGUAUUAUGCCCUGUAUUGUGUGUAGUGCAGAGGUAAGGUAAUUAAAAAUGGAAAAUGACCA